AUGGCAUCUCCAAGCCCUGUAAAGGUUCUCCAGGCACUACAUACUGGAAUCACCGUGCGAUCGCUCUCGCGCGCCAUCCACUUAUUCCGGGAUAUUUUGAACCUUCCAAUUCAGCGCACCGCUCAUCUGUGCCCCCCGGUCUCAACAGUCGUCGGACAUCCAGAGGCAGAGAUCGAUAUCGCUAUCGUUGAACUUCCAGGGGGCCACCUUAUCGAGCUUCUCGAGUACACAUCGCCAACAAAGACCGAGCGGCAGGAAAUGAAGCCUCUUAGCUGGGACUUGGGGAGCUGGCAUCUGUGUUUGACCGUUGAGAAUUUGGAGGACACACUACGUGCCCUGGAGAGUGACGACGCAGCUUGGCGUCAGCUUACUGCGCCGCAGACUUUGGAAAAGGGCCCGAAUGCUGGCAGAAAGGUGGUCUACGUGCGGAACGAGGAUGGCUUGACGCUGGAAUUAUUUGGAUGA